AGUAUGAAUAUUAUAAACUGUAUAUGGUUGAUAAAGACCAAGCAGACAGAUGCAUCAUUAAGAAGAAAAAUACCCCCCUGCUCAACUGUUCCAGACCACACCAAGAUGUGAAAUUUACCAUCAAGUUUCAAGAAUUCAGCCCUAACAUCUGGGGUCUAGAAUUUAAGAAGAACAAAGAUUAUUACAUCAUAUCUACAUCCAAUGGGUCUUUGGAAGGCCUGCAUAACCAGUAGGGAGGGGUGUGCCAGACAAGAGCUAUGAAGAUCAUCAUGAAAGUUGGACAAGGAAUCACAUCAGGAUGCAUCAUCUUCAUUGUCAUCAUCAUCACCUUGGUGGUACUGCUGCUCAAGUACCGCAGGAGGCACCGCAAACACUCUCCACAGCACAGUACCACACCCAAGCGAGGUGGCAACAACUAUGGCUGGGAACCCAGUGAUGUUCUCAUACCUCUAAGAACUGCAGAUAAUGUCUUCUGCCCACACUAUGAGAAGGUCAGCAGAGACUAUGGGGACCCAGUGUAUUCUGUACAGGAGAUGCCCCCACAGAAUCCUGCCAACAUUUACUACAAGGUCUGAGUGCUGGGACCUUCACCUCCCAAGGGAACUCUCACCUUGUUGUGGGCGCAGGGACUGUCUUAGCCUGGCUCUGGGGUCGGAAUGCCUCCUGGAAGAGCCUGGAGAUGGACAGUUUUGUAGCCUGUAGCUUUUCAGGCUUGGGGAACCACAAACCCUCCCCUGAAACUGGAAGACUACUAAGAGAUCCCCACUUGGACUGGGACCUCUAUGCUAUGCACCCAGCCAGGCACUCAGGACUCUGCAGAUCCAGGGGUGGUAGUCUAUGGGUGAUGCAGCAGUAUCUUAGGAGAAAGUUACACCUCUGUCUCUAUGUUUCCUGCCAUGCCCACUGGACUUGUCACUCAGACAUUGGGUAACCUCAG